AUGCGUCGUCGCGUCUCUCGCGCGGCGCUCUUCCUCGGCAUCCUCUUCGCGUUCCUCCUCCCCCUCGCGUCGUCCGCGCCGGCGACGCCGUGGACGCCGUCCGCGAACGCGGUCGGGGACGCGCGAUGCACCGUCGAGGACGUGCAGUUCGCGAACGAGAAGGAGCUGCACGAGCUCUUGGGCGAGCUCGCGGACACGACGUACAUGCGCUUGUUCCCGGUGGACCUGAACCGGCCGUGUAAGUUCUGGGGGAAGGACGCGGGCGCCGGCGCGGAGGAGGAGACGCCGUCGUGCGCCGCGGGCGACGCGUCGGACGCGGACGAGGAGCCCGCGUCCGCCGCGUUCUCGCACUCGUCGUCGUCGUCGUUCGCCGGCGACCGCGCCGUCUCCCUCGCGCCGUCCCUCGAGCCGUCCGCGGCGCCGUCGUGCUCGCUGACGCCGCCGUCGCCGAUCGAUAACCCGCGGCUCGGCGAGCGACAGUCCGCGACGACGCCGGUCGAUCGCACGAUCUCGCCCAGGGAAGACGCCGCGCUCGCGUCCGCGUCCGCGCCGGAGGAGGACUGCGAGGAGGACGAGUCGUCGCCGACGUUUUGGCUGGACAUGUGUCGCGCGCAAGACGCGCAGGAGACGCACGCGACGGAGCACGUGAACCUCAAGAGGAACCCGGAGCGAUGGACCGGGUACAACGGCUCGCACGUGUGGCGCGCCAUCUACGACGAGAACUGCCUCAGGAACGGACGGAGGGACGGACGACGCGAGGUAAUGGGCGGCGGCGGCGACGCGAUCGUCGGCGGCGCGUCCGAAUCGGAAUCGACUGGAAUCGACGGGCUGUGCUACGAAGAGAGAGUGCUGUACCGUCUCCUGUCCGGGAUGCACGCGAGCGUGAACGUGCACGUCGCGCUCAGGGCGAAGCCGCCGAAGCGCGCCGCGGGGAUCGCGGAGUGGAGCGAGGACCCGGAGCGAUACGCGCGGCACUACGGCGAGCACCCGGAGCGGCUUCGAAACUUGCACUUUUCGUUCGUCGUGUUGUUGAGAGCGCUGCGUAAAGCCGCGCCGGCGCUGCUCGACGUGGACGUGAAACUGGGCGAGGACGCGGUUGAAGACGCGCGCACGGAGGCGCUCAUGCGACGGCUGUUGGACACGCACAUUCUGUCCUCGUGCGCGGGGGUGUUCGACGCUUUCGACGAGAGCGAGCUGUUUCGCGCGUCCAUCUCGUCGACGUCGGACGCGUCCGCGGCGUCUCUGAAGACGCAGUUUAAAGGCGUGUGGCACAACAUCUCCGACGUCAUGGACUGCAUCUCGUGCCAGAAGUGCAAGCUGCACGGGAAGCUGCAGCUGUUAGGGCUGGGCACCGCGCUCAAAGUGUUGCUGCUUCCGGAGCACUUGCAUCGCGGCGCGCUGUCCAGGAGCGAAGUCGUCGCGCUCGUGAACACCGCCGCGAAGUUUUCGCACGCGAUUUUGAAAGCCCCGGAGCUGGAGAAACUCGCGAGGGAGGCGGCCGCGGCGAGGGAGGAGGCGGCGGCGACGACGACGACGACGACGACCGCGGGCAAGACCGAGCGCUCCGCCGACGCGAGCGACGACGACCCUCCCGGCGGGUCCGACGAGACGACGACGAGGAAGCUCAUGAACGCGGCCGUGCGGGCGGCGGCGGCGGCGGCGCGCGACGGCGACGCGACCGAGGAGGAAGAGGACGCCGUCAUCGCCGCCGCGCUCGCGUCGGACGCCAGGGUGCUGACCCUCGCGCGACACUACGCGCGGGAUACCCCGGGGAAGUUUGUGAAGCACGCGCUGCGCGCGCUCGCGACGCCGGCCGCCGCCGCGGCGACGACGGAGAAGACGCCGACGGCGACGAAGCGCGAACGCAUCGUCGACGCCGUCGUCGUCGGCGGCGGCCUCGCGGGCCUCUCCGCCGCGCUCACGAUCCUCGACCGCGGUGGCGUCGUCGUUCUCCUCGAGAAAGAAGGGUACGUCGGGGGGAACUCGCAGUGGGCCUCGAGCGGGAUCAACGGCGUCGAUCGCGUGAAUUACCCCGAGAACCCCGACACCGUCGAGACGUACGCGGAGGACUGUUACAAACACUCGCGAGGGGACAACGGGAACGGGAACGCGCUGGCGCCGGAGAGCGUCGAGCACGUCCCCGCGCUCACGCGCGGGAGCGUGGAGACCUUAGAGUGGUUCCGCGCGCGCGUGGGCGUCGAUCUGAGCAAAGUUGGAAGACUCGGCGGGCACUCGCACGCGCGGACGCACCGACCCGCGAGCGGCAUGGCUGGCUCGACGCUCGUGUCCGGGGUUCAGAAAAAGUGCGACGAGUACCGAUCCUCCGGCGCGUUCACCGUCAUGAAGCGUCACCGCGCGACAGAGAUCACGACGGACGCUCGCACGGGCGCGGUCGACGGCGUGCGAUGGGUCGCGCCGCUCGACGGGGUCGUCGGCGCGAACGAGACCGCGGGAUGGACGCGCGCGAGGAACGUGAUCCUCGCCACGGGCGGAUACGCCGGAGACAGAGAAGGGUUGCUCCGAGAGCACGCGCCGUUCGCGACGCGGUUCGCGACGACGAACACGCCCGGGAGCGUCGGCGACGGGCACAAGAUGGCGAUGAAACUCGGCGCGAGCGCGAUCGAUCUCCAGAACGUGCAGAUCCACCCGACCGGGUUCGUGGACGCGAGCGACGUCGACGCGGGGACGAAGACGCUCGCGGCGGAGAUCUUACGCGGCGCCGGCGGCGUGCUCCUCACGCGCGGCGGCGUUCGGUUCGUCGACGAGCUCGGCGGAAGGGAUUACGUCACGAAUACGAUGAUCGCGGAGGCGGAGGCGGAGGAGGCCGCGGGCGGGCUCGCCGCGAACGGCGGCGGCGUCGCCUUGAACUUUGUCAUCCUCUUGGACGCAGUCGCCGCGGCGGAGGCGGAUAAGCACGUGCCGAUGUACGUGAAAAAGAAUCUGCUCGCGAGGCGCGACACGAUGGAAGACGUCGCGAAUUGGAUGGACGCGACGCUUCGCGCGCGCGAUGUGAAACGCCGGCCGUUUGGGAAGCUCACGCGCGACGUCGUGACGGACGCGAUCAGAGCGCACGACGACGCCGCCGCGAGCGGGGAACCGUGCCCGCUGACGAACAAGACGGCGUUUCGCGCGUCGGGACGUUUCGAUCUUCGCGGGCCGUUCUACGCGGGAAGGGUCACCCCGGUGGUGCACUACACGAUGGGAGGGAUACGCGUGGACGACGCUAUGCGCGUCGUGCGCGCGCGCGACGACGGCGGCGUCGAGCCCGUGGACGGUCUGUUCGCCGUCGGGGAGAUGACCGGCGGGACGCACGGAAGGAAUCGGCUCGGCGGCAACGCGCUCACGGAGUGCGCGGUGUUCGGCAGAGCCGCGGGGAGGGCAGCGAUGAUCGUGCGAGACGGCGAGACGACGACGACGACGACGACGGCGGCGGCGGCGGCGGCGGAUGCGACGGCGGCGACGCGGGGGGGAAAGGAGGGUUUUACCCUCCAGAUCACGCGCGACGAGCUCGCGAAGCACGCGAGCUCGGACGACUGCUGGGUCGCGAUCGGCGGCGACGUGUACGACUUCACUGAUUUCUUAGACGAUCACCCGGCGGGGGCGGAGGCGAUAUUGAAAUUAGGCGGCACGGACGGCACGGAGGCGUUCGACGCGGUGCACGGACGGGACAUGCUCGAGGCGUUCGAAGCCGUCGGCGUCCUCGCGGAGUGA